AUGGACAAGUUAGUUAAAUUAUCAGGAAGCAAUGCUGAGAGAAACUACAAGAUUGCGAAUGAGGACCAAGAAAACAAUACCCACUUCACCUUCAAGAAUGUAUUAGUUGCCACUAACAACUUUUCUGAGACCAAUAAACUAGGGGAGGGCGGUUUUGGCCCUGUCUACAAGCGAAAUAUGCUUGUUGGUCAUGAAGAAGUAGCAAUAAAGAGGCUUUCAAAGAAAUCUGGACAAGGGUUGGAGGAAUUCAUGAAUGAGCUAAGGCUCAUUGCAAAGCUCCAACAUAACUACCUCGUUAGACUCUUGGGUUGCUGCGUUGAAAAGGGGGAGAAGAUAUUGAUAUACGAGUACUUGUGUAAUCGAAGCUUGGAUAAAUUCCUCUUUGGCUCACCUGUGAAAUCAAAGUUAGAUUGGCUGAAAAGAGUGAAGGUAAUAGAAGGCAUAGCUCAAGGACUGCUAUACAUCCAUAAAUACUCAAGACUGAAGAUCAUUCACCGAGACCUCAAGGCAAGCAAUGUUCUGCUGGAUGCAGCAAUGAAUCCCAAGAUUUCAGACUUUGGAAUGGCUAGGAUUUUCAGGAUUGAUCAGGCUGAAGCGAACACCAACCGUAUAGUUGGAACAUAUGGUUAUAUGUCUCCUGAAUAUGCAUUCUACGGACAAUUCUCGAAGAGAUCAGAUGUAUUCAGCUUUGGAGUGUUACUGUUGGAGAUAGUGAGUAGAAGGCGGAACACAGAUUUCUAUGAUCCUGAAGUCCUGUUUUCACUUGUUUGUUGGGCAUGGGAGCUAUGGGGAAAAAGGAAACCAGAGGACCUGAUUGACCCGUCAGCAAAGGGUACAUGUAGCAAUCCUCGUGAAGCCAUGAAGUAUAUCUGCGUGUCAAGUUUUUGUAUCCAUGUGGGUCUUUUGUGCGUGCAAGAAGCUCCAGGUGAGAGGCCAACAAUGUCGGCAGUAGCUCUGAUGUUGUCGAGUAGUGAUCCCCAUUCAUUUCCAUUGCCAGGAGAACCAGCCUUCACCACUAAAACACCUGAUGUUGUCAUUGAAAAUGGCGAUCAAGUUCAUGUCAAUUGUUCAAACAACCAGAUGACAAUGAGCUUGCCAAGUGGUAGAUAG